AUGACGAAAUCGUUUGAAAUUGUGUUUGCUGUUCCUAUGGAAUGUCAAUCGUGUGUUGAUUCCGUAUCACUGUCAUUAAAGUCGUUGAACGGUAUAUCUAAAUAUGACAUUGAUUUAAAAUCAAACUUGGUCACCACAGAGGGGUCGGUGCCACCAUCCGAAAUCGUGAAAGCUAUUCAGAGUACCGGAAAGGAUGCUAUCAUACGUGGUACAGGAGCUCCCAAUUCGGCGGCCGUGUGUAUUUUGGAGUCGUUUGAUCCUAAAGAUAUUCAACAACCAGUUAAAGGUUUGGCCAGAAUUGUGAGCGUGGGUGCCAAUGACCUAGUCGUUGAUUUAACUGUCAAUGGUUUGCCCCAAGGUGUAUACUACCCAUCCAUUCGUAAAUCAGGCAAUUUGUCCAAGGGUGCUUUGUCCACUGGUGAAUGUUUCUACCCGUUAGGUCCGUUGGAAGUUGACCAACCUGUUUCUGAAUCUACAACCAUAAAUUCGCUUGGAGCCGCCUCUCCUACCGUCGAAGAAGGCUCUUUGUACGCUGGUCAAGGUUUUCUACAUGCUGACUUAAAUAUAUCUGACUUGAUCGGCAGAAGUGUCAUCUUGUCGAAGUUGAAAGACAAAACUGCUCCAGACUCGUUGUGUGGGGUCAUCGCUCGUAGUGCUGGAGCUUGGGAGAACGAUAAACAAGUUUGUAGUUGCUCAGGUAAAACCGUAUGGCAGGAGAGGUCUGAAGCUCUUGCCAAAGGCUUGAAACUGUAA